CUUCACAGGUCCUGUGCUGCAGAGCUGACUGUCACUGAAAACAAGCAAUGGAGGAAAUUUAUGUCAAUGGGGAAUUUUCCAAAUCUCACAACCCAGUAGCUUCAACUAAUAAUUACAUCGGUCCAAGGAGCUCUAAGAGGAGUUUCUCUUCAGCUGUUAUUCUUACUCUGGGCCUUCUGAACAUUUUCCUGCUGGUUGGACUCAUCACCCUCAGUGUCUACUUGCACGGUGCAGCUACAAGUGUCUCUGCUAUUAGCAGCAACAUUUCCUCCAUGACUGAAGACGAAAACCAUCUGAAGGCAAAUCUUUCCACUGUCAUAAACAAACUUUCCUCCAUGACUGAGGAGAGAGACCUUCUGCAUACCCGUCUCACUGAAAAGACCAGAGAGCUGGAAAGACUUCAGAGUUUGUCCAAACAAAAGAAAACUUGUGCUUCAGGAUGGAGAAUGUUCAGCUGUAGUUGUUAUCUCCUGUCUGAGAAGACUGGUUCCUGGGAUGAAGGCAGAAGUGACUGCAGAGACAACGGAGCAGAUCUGGUGGUCAUAGACAGCUCUGAAGAACAGAACUUUCUCGCUACAAUCAUCAAUGAUAACACUUGGAUUGGUUUGACUGACCAUGGAACGGAAGGACUGUGGAAAUGGGUAGAUGGAACUCCACUGACUCUGGCAUUUUCCCGGAACUGGUGGUGGACCCUUUCCUGUGAUCCUUGAGCAUGUGAGUGGAAAUUGGAGUGAGAGUGGAUGAAGAAGAGUGAGUGUGUGUGGAAGAGGAGUGGCGGAGAUUGUACUGUGGAGAAGAGUGAGUAUGGAUUCCCUUCCCGCCAUCCCCUGGAGCCCUGGACCCCUGCCCCACUCACUGUAUAUACAUAUCGCACUGUGGUUUCACUUUUCGUAAAUAAACUGUCACCCUUUUGCUU